UACAAAACACAGUUUGCACAGCUUAUUUGGUAUGUCUAGAAUUUUGCCUCCAGUAUUAAACCACAAUAUGUAAGAAUCAGUGGGAACACGUGGUGGCGCUGCAGGUUUAAGAUAAAGGAAAACAGAAUUGCCUACGCAGCUCCAGUACCUAGCUAACACCACCGCCCAGAAGGGAAAGAAAACCUUUCAGCUAGAGCAAAAGCGGAUGUUAGACCUCUUUUAAAAUCUAAUAAAUGUCAUAGUUUUGACGUUCUGGACUUCAGGACCGUGCUACCAGGAUCUUGGCCAUAAUUGAAGCUCCUGUGAACCAAAUUUGCAGGAAAGAGCAAUGGAGAUUGGAUGGAUGAGCAAUCGGAGACAAAGGCAAGUCCUACUUUUCUUUGUUUUGCUGAUCGUGUCUCUGUCGGGCGCCGAGUUGGGGCCCUAUUCAGUGGUGGAAGAAAUGGAGCGAGGCUCCUUUGUGGCAAAUCUAGGAAAAGACUUGGGUUUGGGAUUGACAGAGAUGUCCAUGCGCGGGGUCCGUAUCAUUUCUCAGGGGAACAAAAAGCACUUGCAGCUCAAGGUUCAGACUGGGGAUUUGCUUAUAAAUGAGCAAUUAGAUAGAGAGGAGCUAUGCGGCCCCACUGAGCCCUGCGUACUACAUUUCCAAGUGUUAAUGGAAAAACCCUUAGAGAUAUUUCAGGCUGAACUGAGGGUGAGAGAUAUAAAUGACCAUUCUCCGGUAUUCACUGACAGAGAAAUGACCGUAAAAAUACUGGAAAACAGUCCUCUAGGAAAUGUGUUCCCUUUGGAGAAUGCUCUGGACUUGGACAUAGGAAGCAAUAAUGUUCAGAAUUACACAAUUAGUCCCAACUCCUAUUUCCGGGUUCUAACCCGAAAACUCAGGGACGGCAGGAAAUACCCCGAGCUGGUGCUAGAUAGAGAGCUGGACCGGGAGCAGGAGCCUGAACUCAUAUUAACCCUCAAAGCGCUGGAUGGCGGCUCUCCGCCCAGGUCUGGGACAGCUCAGGUCCGCAUCGAAGUGGUGGACACCAACGACAAUGCCCCUGAGUUUGAGCAGCAUCUCUACAAGGUGCAGAUUCCCGAGAACAGCCCGAUAGACUCCCUGCUUGUCACUGUCUCUGCCAGCGAUUUAGAUAGUGGAGUAAAUGGAAAAAUAUCCUAUACACUCUUUCAACCUUCUGAAGAUAUUAGCAAAACUUUGGAGGUAAAUUCUAUGACAGGAGAAAUUCGACUGAGAAAACAAGUAGAUUUCGAAAGAAUUCUGUCCUAUGAAGUGGACAUCAAGGCCACAGAUGGGGGAGGUCUUUCGGGGAAAUGUACUCUUCUGGUGCAGGUGGUGGAUGUGAAUGAUAAUCCCCCAGAAGUGACCAUGUCUGCCCUCACCAGCCCCAUCCCAGAGAACUCGCCUGAGAUUAUAGUUGCUGUUUUUAGUGUGUCGGAUUCUGACUCCGGGGAAAAUGGAAAGACGGUUUGCUCCAUUCAGGAUGACCUUCCCUUUCUUCUGAAACCUUCAGUCAAGAAUUUUUACACCCUGGUAACGGAGACAGCACUAGAUAGAGAAGUGAGAGCCGAGUAUAACAUCACCAUCACAGUCACUGACUUGGGUACCCCCAGGCUGAAAACUGAGCACAACAUAACCGUGCUGGUCGCCGACGUCAAUGACAACGCGCCGAACUUCACCCAAACCUCCUACACCCUGUUCGUCCGAGAAAACAACAGCCCCGCCCUGCACAUCGGCAGCGUCAGCGCCACUGACAGAGACUCGGGCACCAACGCCCAAGUCACCUACUCGCUGCUGCCGCCCCAGGACGCGCACCUGCCCCUCGCCUCCUUGGUCUCCAUCAACGCCGACAACGGGCAUCUGUUCGCGCUCAGGGCCCUGGAUUACGAGGCCCUGCAAGCGUUCGAGUUCCGCGUGGGCGCGGCCGACGCGGGCUCCCCGGCGCUGAGCAGCGAGGCGCUGGUGCGCGUGGUGGUCGUGGACGACAACGACAACUCGCCCUUCGUGCUGUACCCGCUGCAGAACGGCUCUGCGCCCUGCACAGAGCUGGUGCCCAGGGCGGCCGAGGCGGGCCACCUGGUGACCAAGGUGGUGGCGGUGGACGGCGACUCGGGCCAGAACGCCUGGCUGUCCUACCAGCUGCUCAAGGCCACGGAGCCCGGGCUGUUCGGCGUGUGGGCGCACAACGGCGAGGUGCGCACCGCCAGGCUGCUGAGCGACCGCGACGCGCCCAAGCACAGGCUCGUCGUGCUGGUCAAGGACAACGGCGAGCCGCCGCUCUCGGCCAGCGUCACGCUGCACGUGCUGCUGGUGGACGGCUUCUCCCAGCCCUACCUGCCGCUCCCGGAGGCGGCCCCGGACGAGGCCCAGGCCGACUCGCUCACCGUCUACUUGGUCAUUGCCUUGGCCUCGGUCUCGUCGCUCUUCCUGUUCUCGGUGCUGCUGUUCAUCGCGGUGCGGCUGUGCGGGAGGCGCAGGGCGGCCUCGGUGCCUGAGGGCCACUUUCUGGGCCACUUGGUGGACGUGAGCGGCACCGGGACCCUGUCCCAGAGCUACCAGUACGAGGUGUGUCUCAUGGGAGAUUCUGGGACCAGCGAGUUCAAGUUCCCGAAGCCGAUUAUCUCCAAUUUCCCACCCCAGAGCAUUCGUAGGGAAGGCGAAGAGACUAUCUCAUUUCGGAAUAAUUUGGAUUUCUGAUAUGGAAUGAAAAUUAAAAGUGUCUGUGAAUAUAAUCCUACUAAGGAAUUCUUCCUGAUCUUCCUGUAGAGAGCUUUCACAUUAUUUCAUGUACUCUGAGUGUAAAAGAAGGACUUCUGCCCCAAUAAGCCCUCCACAAAGCUUGGAAUUUAUUGUCAUAUUUUAUCUUAAACAAUUUUGCCUCAUGUGUAGCCUAUUACAUAAUAAAAUCUUAGUUUGAGACGUU